GACUAGAAGCUGGUGAACAGAUAUUAUCAUGUCGUUUGUGGUUGAUUCAGUCAUCAUGUUCACCUCACAGGUGCUGUUCUUUGGUUUCGGCUGGUUGUUCUUUAUGCGGCAGCUGUUUAAAGAUUAUGAGGUGCGACAAUAUGUCGUCCAGGUGGUUUUCUCCAUCACGUUUGCUUUUUCAUGUACCAUGUUUGAGCUCAUCAUCUUUGAGAUCCUCGGUGCCUUAAGUAGCAGUUCUAGAUAUUUCCACUGGAAGCUGAAUCUAUAUGUGAUACUGCUGGUUCUGAUCUUUGUCGUGCCUUUCUACAUUGGUUACUUCGUUGUCAGCAACAUACGACUGCUGCAGAGACAGAAGCUUCUUUUCGCGUGUAUGGUUUGGUUUACAUUCAUGUAUUUCUUCUGGAAGUUGGGAGACCCGUUCCCCAUCCUGAGUCCAAAACAUGGCAUUCUCUCCAUCGAGCAGCUAAUCAGUCGUGUCGGUGUUAUCGGAGUCACUCUCAUGGCCCUGCUGUCUGGCUUUGGUGCAGUCAACUGUCCCUACACGUACAUGUCUUAUUUCCUCAGAAACGUAACAGACAGCGACAUCCUCGCUCUGGAGAGGCGGCUGCUGCAGACUAUGGACAUGAUCGUCAGCAAAAAGAAACGAAUUGCAAUGACACGGAGGCAGAUGUACCAGCGUGGAGAGGACCAGAACAAACAGACAGGAUUCUGGGGCAUGAUCAAGAGUGUUACCUCCACACAAACAGGCAGCGAAAACCUCUCCCUGAUCCAGCAGGAGGUGGAUGCUCUAGAGGAGCUGAGUCGACAACUCUUUCUGGAGACUGUGGACCUACAAGCUACCAAGGAGCGGAUUGAGUACUCAAAGACAUUCCAGGGGAAAUACUUCAACUUCCUCGGCUACUUCUUCUCCAUCUACUGUGUUUGGAAAAUCUUCAUGGCCACUAUAAACAUUGUGUUCGAUCGAGUUGGAAAGACAGAUCCGGUGACGAGGGGGAUUGAGAUCACUGUGAACUACUUGGGCAUCCAGUUUGAUGUUAAGUUUUGGUCCCAGCACAUCUCUUUCAUCUUGGUGGGAAUAAUAAUCGUUACAUCCAUUCGUGGCUUACUCAUCACCCUCACUAAGUUCUUCUAUGCCAUAUCAAGCAGCAAGUCGUCCAAUGUCAUCGUGCUCGUCUUGGCUCAGAUCAUGGGGAUGUAUUUUGUAUCGUCCGUGUUGCUGAUGCGUAUGAGCAUGCCGCUGGAGUAUCGCUCCAUCGUGACAGAGGUUCUCGGAGAGCUGCAGUUUAACUUCUACCACCGAUGGUUUGACGUCAUUUUCCUGGUCAGCGCCCUCUCCAGCAUCCUCUUCCUCUAUCUCGCCCACAAGCAGGCACCAGAGAAACACAUGGUGCUCUGAUCCCACACGUCUCUCCUCACCUGGAUGUGACUGCUGAGUCCUGGAGGGGCUUUAAAUCUUUAAAGCUGAAUCCAGACAUAACUUCUUCUCUUUUUUAAGUAUUGGACAUAAUUAUCUGGACUGCAUGUUCCUGAAUCAGGAGCAGCUGAUUGUUAGAUUUAAGGAGAGGGGAAAUAUUGGAGCAAAUGAAUAACCUUCAAAGGCAAGUUCCUUGAAUUAAAAAUGUACAGAAAAAAAUGAGGAUCACAAAAUGAUGUACCAACAAAUGGCAAAAAAAAAAAAACGUUGUUCUUUGUGCUCUUAAAAUGUUUGCCUCUGUGGCCUAAAAGACUUUUUUACUUUCUCAGUCUUAACACACUGGAGCUGAACUAUUCACAGCACUCUCCCACUUCUGUUCUGCUAAGGUUUAAAUAGACUGUAUGAAGGAAAGCUCUCAAGGGGGUAUGAUCUACAUCGUAUGAUCUACAUCCUGAAGACUGAAGUCAUGUAAUUGGAACUAAAUACACAAAAUACGCUGAAUUCAGAUAGAA